ACCAAGUUCACCGCUGUGUGGCACCAUGGCGAGUGCCAUCAUCACCGAGCUGCGACGAGGAGGCUCUCAUACGCUAAAGGCUGUUCAGCGCCUGGUUCAGUCGGAGCGCGUGGAAACUGUGCUUGCUCCAGAGCUCCUUCACCUUGCCACGUCAAACGACACGAAUGUGGCUGUUCCGUCGUUUCUUGCGUUUGCAAAACUGUGUGCCAACUCGGACGUGCCAACUCAGCUGCCCUCGAUCUUCUCUGCGCCUGAUGUGGCCCUCGCCGUGUCCGGCCAACUGCAAUCCCCCGACAUUCGCAUCCAGGCAGCAGCCACGCUCGCUUUGACCAACUUGACGUCGCACAACCUAGCGCUCGAGAGCACGAUCCUGUCGCGAGUUGUGGAAGCUCUCGAAGCCGAGAAUGCACACGAAGGCAUCCAGCGUGCGCUGCUUGGCUAUAUUGGCAACGCAAGCGCUGUGCCAGACGCAUCUCGCAGCCUCUUGGAAGAAACUAACUGCAUGCAGGUCUUGACAGAGCUGCUGCAAGCAGGACGAGGCGAGUCGCUUCGAAGCGCGGCGGCGCUCACCAUCGGCAACGUCCUGUCUACUCGUGAUGUGAUGGCGCAGAACCAAUUGCGAGAGGUUGGCGGGUUACCCGAUCUCGUUCUCCUCUUGUCGUCAUCGUACGCUCCAGACACCAACGAGAGUUCGGCAUGGGCACUUAGCCACGGUGUGCACUUGAAUGUUCUUAGCCAAGUAAAUCCGACCUGACACAUCUCCAUCGCUUGGAAAGUCAUGCGCGAAUGAUUCGGUGGCAGGAUUUGGUUGGGGAUGCUGGUGCGAUCGGUCUCUUGCUCAAGCUUGUGCUGUCCCCAGAAGACGACGUGCGUCGCAACGCUAUCAUGGCCCUCCACAGCAGCGCGAUUGGCCAUCCCGCCAACCUCGCUCGGUGCAAGAAGAACAACGGCCAAGACAUUGUCCACGACCUGCUGCAUGAUGACCUGAACGAGUGCCGAACAUACGCGUCGCUCUUACUCGAAGAGUUCUAACUCGACCCUCCAGAGACGGAGUUGUUUUCAGCACUCAAAGUCUAGCUUAACAUGGGUAUCGUGUCGUUUAUUCAAGUCAGGUCGG